AUGUCUGGUCAAAUCGGUUCUAAUUCGGAGGAUGAUGUUGAUUUUGUGCCAUCAACUAAUGUUGAAGAAAUACAAUCUGUUAGUAAUACAUUAGAUGAACAUCAGAAUACAGGGAGAAAAAGAACUUCUCGUGCAUGGGAUCAUUUUACUCGACAAGAAAUUGAUGGUAAAAUUAAAGCGGUUUGUAAUCACUGCGGGCGUAAGUUGGUGGGAGGAAGUACUGCGGGGACUACGCAUUUAAAUACUCACGUGAAGAGGUGUCCAGUUAGAAAGGCCCAACUUGCUGCUAAUCCAACUACAAGUCCUUCAAUUCCUUUCAAUUUUGAUCCUGAUUUAGCAAGGAUCAAAUUGGCUCAAAUGAUCGUUAAGCAUGAGUAUCCAUUGUCCAUGGUUGAGCAUAGCGGGUUCAUCGAAUAUUCAAGUACUCUAUGUCCUACAUUUCAAAUGGUGUCAAGGAAUACAAUUAGGUCUGACAUCAUGAAAAUGUAUAAAGCUGAGAAAGAAAAAUGUAGGCAAAGUUUGGAAAAAAGUAGGAGUAGAAUAGCCAUAACCAGUGACAUGUGGACUGCUAAUCAUCAGAAGAGGGGAUAUAUGGCCGUAAUGUAUCAUUUUAUCGAUGAUUCUUGGAACUUGCACAAUCGUAUUCUCCGAGUUUUAAGUAUGUUCCAUGCCCUCACGAUGCUCCAGCACUACUUGAGGCACUAA